AUGACAGUCAUCGCACAGCCUGUCUCCGCCCUCAACGCGGCAUGUACCUCGGACGAAUACGUGCUUGACCCAUGCAAAUCGCUCCCAGACUACCGACGCGAGAUCUACGACCUACUCCAAUACCUUGAUGAAGAGCAAGAUAAGAUCGAAAAGCAGCUCGCCCGCUUCUCCUCUUCCUCCACAAACGCGAACAAACAGCCAAAGACACGGCGGCCCUCCAUCUCUUCCGCUAACAAGCGCGACGACCAUGGUGCCUGCUCAGAGUCGGAAGACGGCGACGACGAUUUUGUCGUUGUCGAAGAUGUCAACGCAGCGAGUAGGAAGAAGCAGCUUUUGACUCAAUUGCAGCAGCUUUGGAGGACAAGAGACGCGCUGAGGAAGCGUGCAAAGCAGCUCAAUAUCAGGAUCGAUAGCUUGACUCACGGCAAAGGUUCCGGUCUCAAGCCUACCGACGAGCUGAUCCAGACCGGAGUCCACUUCAAUGGCCAGGAUUUUGGCGAGGAGUUCUGA